AUGGCCUCGCGCCGCUCGCUUCUUCGUGCCGUCCCCGCCCUGUCGGGCAGACGAGCGCCUCAGUUCGCUUCCGCCGCGCUCAGGACGUCGCCGGCCCAGAUCGUUGCAAAGCGACGCCUACAUGCCACGACCCGCCAGCUCGCUGCUGCCAGCGCCGCAGUCGCCGACUACCCCAGAAACCACGAGCAAAUCACCAAUGUCGUCGACACGCCCAACUUCAUCGAUAACCAGUUCGUGCCUUCCAAUGCCACAACAUGGAUCGACCUCCACGACCCAGCCACGAAUAACCUCGUCACUCGGGUCCCCCAGACUACCGACGCCGAAUUGAAGGCGGCCGUCGAGUCCGCAGAGAAGGCGUUCCCCAAAUGGCGAGCCACCUCGAUCAUGACGAGACAACAAAUCAUCUUCCGCUUGACUCAUCUGGUCCGACAGAACAUGGACCGAUUGGCGGCUUCCAUCACACUUGAGCAAGGCAAAACCUUUGCAGAUGCGAAGGGUGAUGUGCUCCGUGGUCUGCAAGUCUGCGAGACCGCAUGCGGCAUCACCACACAGAUCCCAGGAGAGGUCAUUGAAGUAGCCAAAGAUAUGGAAACUCGUUCAUACCGUGAGCCUCUGGGCGUGGUGGCCUCCAUCUGCCCCUUCAACUUCCCCGCCAUGAUCCCUCUUUGGAGUGUUCCCCUGGCCACUGUCACCGGCAAUACUUUGAUCUUGAAGCCUAGUGAACGGGACCCUGGUGCGACCAUGAUCAUCGCCGAACUCUGCAAAGAGGCGGGUUUCCCCGAAGGCGUCGUCAAUAUCGUCCACGGUGCGGCCAAGACGGUCGACUUUAUCAUUGAUGAGCCAGCCAUCAAGGCCAUCUCCUUCGUGGGCUCGAACCGUGCUGGCGAAUACAUCUAUACUCGAGGCUCGGCACAAGGAAAACGUGUCCAGGCAAACCUUGGCGCAAAGAACCACGCCGCUGUCCUCCCUGACUGCAACAAGAAUCACGCACUCAACGCCAUUGCCGGUGCUGCUUUUGGUGCUGCAGGUCAGCGUUGCAUGGCCCUCAGCACACUGGUCAUGAUUGGGGAAACCAAGGAAUGGCUUCCCGAGUUGGCCGAACGCGCAAAGAACCUGCGCCUCGACGGUGGCUUCGAGGAGGGUGCUGAUCUUGGCCCCUUGAUCAGCCCUCAGAGCAAGCAGCGUGUUGAGGACUUGAUUCAGAGCGCUGCCGACGAAGGCGCCACCAUCCUGCUGGAUGGCCGAGGCCAGAAGCCCGCAAAGUAUCCUAAUGGCAACUGGGUUGGCCCAACCAUCAUUACCAAUGUCAAGCCUCACAUGAAAUGCUACACGGAAGAGAUCUUUGGCCCCGUCCUCGUCUGCUUGAAUGUGGACACUACCGAAGAGGCCAUUUCUCUGAUCAACGCGAACCAAUAUGGCAACGGCGCUGCCGUCUUCACCCGCUCUGGCCCCACGGCAUCACUGUUCCAGAAGGAGCUCGAGGCCGGCCAGAUCGGUAUCAACGUGCCCAUCCCGGUCCCGUUGCCCAUGUUCAGCUUCACCGGCAACAAGAAGAGUGUGGCCGGAACCGGUGUUUCCAACUUCUACGGCAAGGAUGGUCUCAGAUUCUACACUCAAUGGAAGACCGUCACCAGUCUGUGGCGCGCCGAGGAUGCGGUGGCGACAGAGAAACAGGUCGCCAUGCCCACGCAUUCGUGA